CAGUCUUGUCCGUGGAGGCCGGCACUGGCACUUCAUCCUUGCUCGCGCAACUCUACUGGCUGUGUUCUGCGCUCUAUUUUCGGCAACUUCUUCUUCUUUGACUCUGGGCAAUGGGUAUCCUAGAAUUCUUCUAUUUUCUCCAAUCUCUUUUCUGGAUUUCUUUCAUUCCAUGUUCUCAAUGAAUGUAAGGUUUCUCUUGGCUUGAUUUUCCAGCAAGUUUGAAUCUUUCAUUGCUUUAAUUUCUGGAUACCUUUGCUCUUUCCGAGCCUGCUUCCUGUCUUUGGGUUCUGAAUUAUACUAUUAUACAUAUCAGUCCUGGUGACUUGAGGAAGCAGCAUGGCUUUGCUUCUCAAAGCCUUGCCUUUGAUAGCCCUCCGCCCUAAGCCAUCAUUCUUCCUGAUCAGAAGCAUUUCCAAUUCCCUUAACAGAGUACCUCCCUUAUGCAGAACUGUUUUUUCUGCUUCGGCUUCUUCAUCCCCUCCAACACAGCCACUUCCUUCUGCUUCUGAAACACUCACAUCUAGCUCUCGGCCGCCAGUUGACCUGAAGGAGUCACUCGAAUGGGUUGCUCGGAAUGCUUUUUGUGGUGAAUUGUCUUUAAACGAUGUAGGUAAAAGGGUCCAGCUAUGUGGGUGGGUUGCUCUUCACCGUGUCCAUGGUGGCCUUACAUUUCUUAAUCUCAGAGACCAUACCGGUAUCGUUCAGGUGACGACCCUUCCAGAUGAAUUUCCUGAUGCUCAUUCCACAAUCAAUGACCUGAGACUUGAAUAUGUUGUAGCCAUUGAAGGUGUUGUCCGGUCUCGGCCAAAUGAGUCCAUCAACAAGAAAAUGAAAACUGGUUUCAUUGAGGUUGCUGCAGAGAGUGUUCAAAUAUUAAAUGCUGUAAAGUCUAAGUUACCAUUCUUAGUGACCACGGCUGAUGAUGCAAAAGAAUCUCCUAAAGAAGAAAUCCGUUUGAGGUAUCGAUGCCUGGAUCUAAGGCGGCACCGAAUGAAUUCCAACAUAUUGUUGCGACAUAAAGUGGUGAAACUUAUUCGGAGAUAUUUAGAAGACACACAUGGUUUUGUGGAGAUUGAAACUCCAAUACUGUCUAGAUCCACUCCAGAAGGUGCGCGAGAUUAUUUGGUCCCCUCAAGAAUCCAGCCAGGAACAUUCUAUGCCUUGCCUCAAAGUCCACAGCUAUUUAAACAAAUGCUUAUGGUAGCUGGAUUUGAUAAAUAUUAUCAAGUAGCAAGAUGUUUUCGUGAUGAAGAUUUGAGAGCAGAUAGACAACCUGAGUUCACACAGCUAGAUAUGGAAAUGGCUUUUACUCCUUUAGAGGACAUGUUAGCGCUCAAUGAAGAUUUGAUCAGAAAGGUUUUUCUUGAAAUCAAAGGAGUUGAGUUGCCAAAUCCUUUUCCCAGGCUUACAUAUGCUGAAGCAAUGAAUAGAUAUGGUUCAGACAGGCCAGAUACCAGAUUUGAUCUUGAAUUAAAAGAUGUAUCAGAUAUUUUCUUAGGGUCUUCCUUCAGGGUUUUCUCUGACUCCUUGUCUACUGGGGGAAUUAUCAAAGUGUUAUGUGUACCUUCUGGUGCCAAAGGUUACUCAAAUUCAGCUCUUAAGAAAGGUGAUGUUUACAAUGAAGCUCUCAAAUCUGGAGCAAAGGGUUUGCCUUUCCUCAAGGUCUUGGAUAAUGGGGAGGUUGAGGGAAUCGCUGCUUUAGUGUCAAGUAUGGACCCAACAACUAAAGAGAAGUUAUUAAAGCGAUGCUCUGCUGGACCAGGUGAUCUUUUCCUAUUUGCGGUGGGUCAUCAUGUAUCUGUAAAUAAAACUCUAGAUCGUCUUAGAGUUUAUGUCGCUCAUGACUGGGGCUUGAUCGACCAUGGAAGGCAUUCAAUUUUGUGGAUCACUGAUUUUCCGUUGUUUGAGUGGAAUGACUUGGAGAAGAGGCUUGAGGCUUUGCAUCAUCCUUUCACUGCUCCAAACCCUGAAGACAUGAAUGAUCUUGCUUCUGCUCGGGCCUUGGCUUAUGACAUGGUUUACAAUGGGGUGGAGAUUGGUGGAGGAAGUCUGAGAAUUUAUAAACGUGAAAUACAACAAAAGGUUUUGGAGAUUGUCGGCAUCUCCAUGGAGCAGGCAGAAGCGAAGUUUAAUUAUCUUCUUGAAGCACUGGACAUGGGGGCUCCACCACAUGGGGGAAUAGCUUAUGGAUUGGACAGGUUGGUGAUGUUAUUGGCUGGGGCUGAUUCCAUCAGAGACGUCAUUGCUUUCCCAAAAACCACUACUGCUCAGUGUGCUCUCACCAGGUCUCCUUCAGAGGUGGAUCCUCAGCAGCUCAACGAUCUUUCACUCAAACUCUAGAUUCUCCUUCCCUUUAAAUUAUUCAAAUGAUCAAAAUCUCAUCAAUAGACACAUUACAUGGCUUUUGAAAAUGCAACAAUUUAUUUUUAAGUAGUAAAAAAAAUAUAUUUUGAAAGAUCACGUAGGAGAGGAAAUAAGUGAAGCUUAAACCAAAUUUUGACUAAAUAGGCUUAACAUAAAUUAUAAGUUUAAGCUUGACUUUUUUGUUAAACGUAAAUUUAAAUAGGAUAGACUUUAUGUCUUUGCAGGUUAGGCCUAUUUAACAAAAAAGAGGAUUAUGUUAAAAUAAUUAAAUAGGCUUGUUGAGACAUAUACAACCUUUAAAUUUUGACUUGGCUUGUUUAACCAAAAAGGCAAGCUUAAACUUAUAAUUAGGCAUGUUUAUAUAAAUAGGCUAUGCCGUUUAGCCUAACCUAGUAUAUUAUCUUUCAAAAUGUAUUUUAUUUUUUCUAUUUAAAAGUAAAUUGUUCGCAUGCAUUUUUAGAAGCCAUAUGGUAUGUAUAUUGAAGAGAUUUUGAUCAUUUUGAAGGAACCAGAUUUGGUCAUUGAGAGAUGCUGAGGAAUCUCGAUGUUGAAAGGAUCUUCUUUUUUUUUACCCUGUGUUUUGCACUUUUCUCAUUUUACUCAAAGUCGCGCGUACCCACUGCGAAGACAUUGAAUUAGUGGUAGUGCUUAAUAAAGUAAGCGACUCUUUGAUUGAAAAAAACAAUAAAAGAAAAGGCCAAGUAAGCAAUUCCGAAAUC